AUGGGCACAUGUGAUGUAUCAAUGCUUUCAAGGGUUUCAGAGGAUUUAGAUUUAAGCGACAUAGAUUGGUGUUCAUACGUGUUAGAGUGUUUGAAAAAUACAAAACAUGCAUGGAAUUCUAUGAGCGAUACAUCUUACUAUGUUGGACAUAUUGUCCUAUUGACGCUUAUAUACCUGGAGCAUGUUUCAUGUGAUGCGGUUACGAUUGAUUGUGGAAGACCUGCUAUAUGUUUCUGCGAUGUGGAGACCAUGCACUUACAUGAGGAGUAUGAAAUCAGAAAUGGUGGAAUUGGUUCUGGUGAACUUCAGGAUCCUUACAUACCACACGAUGACAAUGCCGAAAAUGUCAACUCGGCGAAUGGAUCAGUUGAGGAAUACCUUUCCACCAUUGAAAGUAUGUUCAACAAGCUAGUUGAGGAUAAUCAUUUGUUGCACUCAAAACUUGUAGACGCAAUCGAAAGGCAUCCUCCGGUUUGUGAUUUCUACGAAUGGCAAGUUAAGCUCAGAAUUUUCCUUAAUGAAGAAUCCAUGAAAUAUGGAGGUGGCAGUUCUACUCAUGCAGACAGUGUCGGGCCUUUAUCCCAAUGGUGGUUAGACAACGCAGAACAAAUUACCAGGUCCUGUCAAAUGGCAGAAAAUUCUGUUAAAUCGUUCCACAAUUCACCCUUUCCAAACUGGAGCAUCGGGAUGACACAGGAGUUUGCUGAUAUCAUUAGCAAUUCACCACUGAAAGAUAUCAUGAAAACUCCAAAAGACCAAUGUCCAAGUCCUCUUCCAUUAUCAAUUGUUCCUAUUCACAGUGAUUACGGUGUUGUCCGUGCAAGAGAGUUAAGGCCAAGAAAUAAGCCCCUUAAACUACGUUCCCCGUUCAUUGUACGGGCAGUUGACAUAACUAAACGUAUAUCACGUGCUCAGAAGGACCUAUCUAAAUGGGUUUUCUCAACACAAGGUCAUCCAAGUGACGAACUUUUCCGGACUUGUGCUGGUGUAGCUGCUGAACGCUUUCACAUGGAAAGCUUUUUCCCCAAAUGUGAACUUUUUGGACACCUAUUCCUGCCAGUCGUCCGUGAUUUUCAUAUUUUCCUUGUCGUACUCGACUUUCAACAACCAGCCUUUUGGAUCAUUGACAACAUCAAAAGAGAUGACGACACCCAACACACAUAUGGUCUUCUACCAGAUAUCAUUGUAAUAUACUAA